CAGCCAGUGGCUUGUCCGCUGUUGUUUCCGUCUGCCGUCCCUUUGUCGUCCGGUUCAAAAGCGCUCCGAGCACGCGACCCGAGUCGUCAUAACCUAACCGUUUCCCUACCGUAUUCGGUUUAAAUACCGGCGUAUAAACAUUAAAAAAAAAAAAAAAAAAUUUAAAAAAAAAACCACAAGAACUAUAUCGAAAACCUACCGUUUGAAUUUUUCCCCCCUCCCAUUACAAAUCGGUCCGUCGACCGGUCUUAUACCGGCCCGGUAUCAAAAAUUUACCAAAAAAAAAAAUGCCUUCCAAAACUCUCAAACGCAAGCCGUCCGUCUCGCGCUUCGCCGGAUGGCUGUGCAAAAUCCUGUUCACCGUGCUCGCCAUCAACCAAAUCGGAGUCCUCUUGAAUUUGUGCCUGGUAACUGGUUCCGAUGCUAAAAUCAACAACCACCAACCAAGACCCGGCGCCCAUAUCCAAAAGCCAAAACCCUGGUCUGCGGAUGACGAUACCGCUGGCGUGACUCUCCAAGAACUCAGAGUGCCUCCCUACGUGAUGGCCGGUGCCAAAAACGGCGUGGUGCUCGACUGCCUCUACUCAUUGCGUCCGAAAUCCAUCGGCCUGGUGGUCGCUUGGUACUUCAACAACAGCGCCAGACCCGUUUACCAGUGGAUACCCGGCGAAAAGCCACUCAGCAUCGGCAUUUUCCGUCAUCGCACCAACCUCGACUACAAGGUGUCCGACAACAACGAGACCAUGCACCGGGCUUUGCACAUCAUUAAUCCGACCAUCGAACUGUCCGGCGACUACAGAUGCGUCGUGUCCACCUACCACGACGAAGAUUUCAUGAUCAAGAGGAUGAUCGUAUACUCUCCGGAAAAGAAGUUCGAAGUGUUCCAGCACCAAGUCAACAACGAUACCAUCCGGGUCACAUGCUUGGUUACCCGUGUUUUCCCCAUGCCCAGAUUGACGCUGUUCAACAAUUCCAUCACCGACAAACAGAGCUUCGAGAUGAUCAACGUCAUGAACGACAUGAACCGCUCAAAGGACGGAUACUACAACGUGUCUGUCAGUGUGUUGAUCAGCGAGGAGGAACUCAACAUGCAAUCUUCAUUGGACUGCGAACUCAAAAUACCCGACACACCGUACGUGAAGAGGAAGACCUACGUUUUCUUCCCAGACCCGAACGCUGCCGACCAGACCUACCCGCCCAUGAUGAUUUUCAGCGCCAUCACCAUCUACUGGAUCUUCAACAUUAUCUUCAACUAAAGAAGCACAAUUUUCAACCUACCCUGUAGCUACUAUCGCUUCAAUUAAAAAACUAUAGUCCUCGUAGUACUAGUGCUAAUAGUCUGUUAUCAUACUAAAAAAAAAAAAACCAAAAAGUGUAGGUACCUCGCUUAGAUUGGACUAGUGUAACGCCAUACCAAUACCGUUUCAGUCCCUUUAAGAGUUCCCAUAAUCAAUCCUGGCACUUUCAAAUCUAAAUAAUAUUAUAUUCUCAACCCUGUAGUACAACUAACGCAAACUACCCCAGAUAACAGCCCGUAGGAUUAAUAAAGCAAUACCAAGAGGUAUUUCCUUAUGAUUUUUGAGUAUUCAAGUUUUCCAAAAUCAUUCAUAGUUUUCCGCUUGGGUAUAAUAUAUUUCCGAGUUGUUCAGAGUCAAUACCUAGUAUCUUAACUUUUAACUUUCCAAAUUUCACUCAUUCGUUCACAGUAAAGAAUAUUAUUAUUAAUUUCGGUCUUGCCAGUGUUUUCUAUCGAUAUCGUUCUAUUCAAAAAUAUAAUUAUUAAGACAGCCGUUCGAAGUUGUCAAAUUAUCUUAUUCAUUAAAGUCACAAUAAUAUCUGACGUAUUAUUAAAAUACUUAUAAAAAAAAGCUACUUAAAUACAAUAAUAAUAUUAUUAUCAUUUAUAAGUCUACUAUUAAAAUUAAAUAUAUUACACGAUUUAAUAAAUAACAACGAAUAGUAUUAUACAUAGACAUUAAGUUUUAAUGAUAUAUCUACUCUGUAACACUAAUAUAAUCGUUUUACAACAAUAACAUGCGAUCCAACAUCGUCGCUAUUAUACGAUAUUAUUUACUAUACUUAAGCCGAUAUCUAUAAUCUUUAUAUAUAACAUAUUAUAAUAGUAUGUGGUCAAAGUCGAAACUCGUCUUGAUUCACUCUAUUAAUAUAUGUUAUCUAAUGUUUUUUUUUUGUCCCAAUUAGUAGUCAAUAUGAUUAUUUUAUAAUUACUAUUACUUUGCUAAUAACUAUUAUUCUAUUGUUAAGACUAAAGGUUGUUAAUGUUUUUUUUUGUUUUUAAAAAAACGCUGUUGACUAUACGUUUACCCGGUUUGUUACCAUAUAUAAGACGCGUGUGAUUUUUAAGUUUUUUUUUUUUUUAUUAAAUCAUAUGUGUACCUAUUUAAGAAGUGUACGAAGGAUGACGUAAAGAAAUUAUAUGAGAUAUAAUUAUUGUAUUAUAUUGUUAUAGAAUUUAGCACCGAGUGUCGUGCCGCCAAUAACAUUUACUUAAGGCGUGAAGGGAAAACAAGUUGGAGGUUGGCCUCGUGUUUCGGGCGUUCCGAUUCAAAGACUGAAAAGUAGUAGAGAGUGUCCAGGAAAUGUAUUUUUGUUGAGAUUUCGUAGAGAAGUGCAUCUUAUAAUAUUUGACCGGUUGACUUGUAGUCCCGACGAUGAGUUUCUUCCGGUUCGUCUCAAACGGCCGUCGUAGGCUCUUUUUGGUAUUAUAUCUAUAUUCUAUACUUAUUAAAGAUAUUUCAGGCUUCUUAUAAAACAAUAUAUGUGUAUUUGACGAAAAUAGUCCGUUUGUUCAUCUUGAAUAUUAACCUUGGGUCUAAAAGAGCCAAUCUAUGUGCACAACUCCAAUAGUUCAUUCAAUAUAUUAUCUUCCUUCCUACCGUCAUGCUCGAUAGUGGCAAGUUUAAACGCAAACGCUCCGACGGAAUAUCGACAGUUUAAUACUAGUUUACUAAAAACGGUUUCACUUGAACAUUUUCCAUCUCUUUUAGGCCCGAGUAAAACAGUAAUGAUAAUAAGUAUACAUAAAACAUUUUAUUCGCAAUUAUUACCUCUUUAUUCUUGUCUAACGUUUGAAACGGUUUUUUUUUAUAUUUUUCUUUUGGUUAAUCCCCCCCCCCCCACCAUCCGCUAGUUACGAAGUAAUAAUAAUAAUAAUAAUAAUAAAUGCCGACCCUUUUCCUCGGGAAAUAAAAUUACCCACCCUUGCCUCGGUCCGCGCUAAGGCGAUUGGCGUGGUGAAAAUAUUACUAUGCGAAACGACGGUGACAAACGGUUAGUUGGCGUUCUCGUUAAUCGCGUACCUAUUCUAAUUGCGCCAAUCGAUCUAACUCAACACCUAAGCACGCGAUACUCGCAAAGGUAAACGCAAGUAUUAUCAUAAUAUAUUAUUAUUAUUAUUAUUAUUAUACUCGUAUUUCGUUCGACCUGCAACCGUAGGUCGGUUGUAUCCACUUUGCCUCACUAUACUUAAGCGCUCUACAAAGCGGCCAUUGUAUACGACUCGUUGUAACUUUAAAACGUUUCGAUCGUUUCAUCGAUGCCCGUUUGUUUCUACGCGAAAAUCGCUACUGAUUAAAUUAUAUUAUAGAAAUCAAUACUACCGCGUACAAUACGACAAGUGUUGUAUUCGAUUGUUUCGGUUAUAAACGACAACUGUCAAAAAUGUGAUAACGCGACGGUAAAAAAAAAAUAGACAUUUUUCACGGGAUGAGAAUUUCAACUUUCAACCAUUGACCGACAACGGAGUAGGUAGUGCACCUACGGUUAGACUCGUCCGGGUAACUCUUUUCAUCGGCCACCAUAUUAUUUUCAUUCGUCUACUCGGUACAGUUCCAUUGUCGCGCCCACGCAGGCGAUUUCUUAAUAGUUUUUUCGGCGACAUUUGAUCCGGUGUCACACUUGUUAUGCUGUCGGGCGGGCGCAAUAAGAAUAUUGGGUCAAGACUUUUUGGCGGACCCGUGACAAACGGCACCGGGACUCACGGUACACACAAACGAGAGAGAGAGAUACUGACUUAUGUGGCGUGGCCGAUCGCAUUGUGUGAAAAAAGGUCCGAGCAUAGGAAUAAAAGCAAAAAAAUGAUGAAAAAGAGGUGUCCGUGCAGCGACGGCUUCGUUUGGCUACUGCAAAACGUUACGCCCGCGUAGGUAUUGUUUGUAACUCGAGGCCCCAAACAAAUGCCGGUGCCGUGCCGACAGGUAAUUAAGUUGUAACCGCCAGUGUUGGGAAUCGCAUCGUCGCUUCGCUUUGGGAACACAUCCAUUUUGCCACAGGCUAAACGCCAUUUACCGCCGACGUUUGCGAUGACGGUUAUGACGGACUAAUUGAUAUCAACCGCGCUCUGCUACCAAAAGAAAUUCGCAACACCGUUUUCCACUGUGUGCAUAUGUGCAUUCCAAUAUUAUCGGACGUCGAAUUUUCGAAUCCUCAGCGCGCAUACGGCGACCCCCCCCCCCCGGGUUAACGGUGAAAUAUUUACUCGCGCGAGUCCGACUGAAGAUGGAAAAAGUUUGCGGAAAAGAAGCGAUCGGCACGUGACGGGAGUUAAUUUUUUUUUCCACCCCCGACCCAAUCGCGCGCGUUCCCUCUAUGCGUGCGUUAUUUUGCUGUCACUUCGCGUUCUUUAAUUUUUGUUCGUGGAAACCACACGGCCGACAAAACUUUUCUCGAGGCCCCGUGCCUUUGGCUUCCUUCAAUCCGAGCACAUUACGUCUGGCACGCUUGUAAAGCCCGAGUAAUUCACGGCGUUUAGGGUAAUAAGGGAUGACGUCCCGGCGGGAUACACUAUCGUGGAUGAUUUUGCGCCGAACGUUGAUAUUGCAAACGAGCAGUUGGCUAAAUUCGUUCCGUCGGCUCGCGGGCAAUUGCCGUUUUAAAAAACUCCACGAAAUUUCCAAUAAUCCAAACACAGAUGGAUUGAUUCCACCCAAGAUAUAACUAUCUCAUUGUUGUAUUCGCGUAGUGGUGCCCGCCAAAAUUAUAUCGAAAUUGGUGUACUCGAUUCGUAUCAAACCGAUGUGAAAGAAUUGCCAAGUCACACACAACGCACUGCCGUGGAAUAGCGCCUAUUGUUGUACAAUCAUCUUGUCUUUGUCGGUGGACAGUUAAAAUUUAUAUCCCGAAAAAAUAAAUAAAAUGUAUUUCUCAACAAUGUGUACUUAAAACGUUAAAAUUCCAUUAUCGGUAUACAUUGUAAUAAAAUAUAAAUGUAUGUUUUUUUUUUUAUUUUACAAAAUCUAUUAUUAUUAUGAAUAAUUACUUUUGAAAUAUAUUUAAGAAUUUCAUAUUAACCAUUAUCAUUAUGAUAAAAUUAUUGUAUUAGACACAUCGAUAUUAGUGUUAAGCUUCUUUUUUUUUUUUGUAGUCUUAAUAUCAUAAAAUUAUUAUAAUAUUAUAAUCGCUUAUGUCUUUAGAGUGUUUCGCCGUAUCUGUUAAGUUUUCAUCCGUUGACUUCAAAUAUAGCAGUAGUAUGAUAUAAACGAUGAUGUCGGUUGAUUGUAAAAAUUAUAUUGUUUAGUUGGUGGAUGUUGACCAACAGAUAUGAAGCGAGAUGCGGCUUAAAUAAUUUUAUCUACUUUUUUAGCAUUGUAGUUUGCUAGAUAUAAUAAAAUGAUAGUAAAAAUUAAUAAUUAGCGUGUCGUUUAUGUACACUUUAGGUCGUCUAUAGACAUAUUAUAAUAAGUAGCAUUGUAGCCAAUUAUGUUAUUAUUAUUAUAUAAAAGUAGGAUUUACUAGCUAUAUAAUAUUAUUAUUACAAAAGUAUACUAUAAUGAUUAUUUUUCCUUGAA